AACGCACACAAAAUUGUCACGCACAUCAAGGAAUCCAUCCCAAUUCCCAUCACUGCCCACCUGUAUAUAUCAACUCUUAAUCCCUCGAUCUUGUCACUCCCAUUUUAGAAACCAAAGUUAGGCUUGCUUUGCUGCUUCGGCUUCCCGCAUCCCCUCCAGUUCCGAUGGCGCUUUCCCGGAAACUUGUUCAGCAGCGGAGCUCCGUAUUCGGAAGCCGAUCCAUGUCGUGGUGGCGGAGCGUCGAGCCGGCUCCUAAGGAUCCGAUUCUCGGUGUCACCGAGGCUUUCCUCGCCGAUCCAAGUCCCGACAAAGUCAAUGUUGGAGUGGGUGCGUAUCGAGAUGAUAAUGGAAAGCCAGUUGUUCUGCAAUGCGUUAGAGAAGCCGAGCGGAGGAUUGCCGGAAACUUAAACAUGGAGUAUCUUCCUAUGGGGGGAAGUGUGAAGAUGGUGGAAGAAACACUGAAGCUAGCAUAUGGGGAGAAUUCGGAGCACAUCAAAGAUAAAAGGAUAGCAGCAGUGCAAGCUCUCUCUGGAACGGGUGCAUGCCGUCUUUUUGCAGACUUUCAAAAGCGUUUUCGUCCCGAGUCUCAAAUCUAUAUACCAGUGCCAACAUGGGCCAACCAUCAUAACAUCUGGAGAGAUGCUCACGUCCCCCAAAAGACAUUCCAUUACUAUCAUCCGGAAACUAAGGGGUUGGACUUUGCAGGACUGGUCGAUGACAUAAGGAAUGCUCCAAACGGCUCAUUCUUUCUACUUCAUGCCUGUGCUCACAAUCCCACUGGAGUGGAUCCUUCAGAGGAACAGUGGAAAGAGAUUUCAAAACUGAUCAAGGAAAGGGGACAUUUCCCCUUCUUCGACAUGGCAUAUCAAGGCUUUGCUAGCGGUGACCCAGAGAGAGACGCAAAAGCCAUCAGGAUUUUCCUUGAGGAUGGUCAUCUAAUUGGAAUUGCCCAAUCAUAUGCCAAAAACAUGGGACUCUAUGGCCAGAGAGUAGGAUGUCUUAGCGUGCUUUGUGAGGAUGAAAAACAAGCCGUGGCAGUAAAAAGCCAGUUGCAGAUGCUUGCCAGGCCCAUGUAUAGUAACCCACCUGUUCAUGGAGCGCUUGUAGUUUCAACUAUCCUUGGUGAUCAAGAAUUGAAAACUUUAUGGCUGAAGGAAGUUGAGGGCAUGGCAGAUCGCAUCAUUGGAAUGAGAACUGCUCUACGAGAAAAUCUUGAGAAAGUGGGGUCACCCUUAUCGUGGGAGCACGUAACUAAUCAGAUAGGUAUGUUUUGCUACAGCGGGAUGACACCUGAACAGGUUGAUCGCUUGACUAAUGAAUUUCAUAUCUAUAUGACUCGCAAUGGUCGUAUAAGCAUGGCCGGUGUUACAACGGGCAAUGUUGGAUAUCUAGCAAAUGCUAUACAUGAAGUCACAAAAUCAACAUAGAGAAUUCAAUCGUAGGUCAGUUAGUCCCCAAGGGACCUUAGGAACUGUAUCAGACAUUGAUUUGCUUGUCGUCCUCAUCUUCUUAUGAUAGAGAAGGAAGGAUCAAUAAACUACAACCGCCAUUGGUGCGCUCUUCUCAGUUUCUUCCCCCAUUUUUCGAUUCUGCAAGGGCGAGCUGUCAUCUAUACAAGUAGUCCUAAAAGAAGAGUGACAUGUAUCUCGAUAGUUUGUAGUAAAAUACUUUGGGUUUUGCCUUCAGCAAUAAAAUUAGGUUUGAAGUAUUUUGUUGCAUCAAAUCAUCAUAAAGUACAACCAUGAUUUAGACGAUUA